AUGGCGUGGGGCGUGCGAACUAAAGAUGGCCGCGAGCGCGUGGCGGGAGUUCUUCGCGCGCUUUUGAUCACUCAACUAAUAAUAUCGUUGGUCAUGCUGAUAUUUUGUUACAACGCAUCUGUUAAAGUUAUGUCUUUAUUGAAGAAUAUUCAUAAGUUUACAGUAUUUCUAUUCUACGCCUUGAUACUUCUACAAGCAUAUUGUAUGAAGUUGCACUUCACUAGUGGUUUCCGGUUGCUAAGCUGGUUGCUACGUUGUCCACAUUGGCCUAGAGCAGGACCAGUAACCAGGUUAUGGUUGAUCAGUGGUUGCUUGGUUGCUGCCAAUGGUUUUCUUGUUCACGCUGCUUGUAAGAGUACUUUAAAGGUGGAGCUAGGUUGCUGCGGCGUGGAGCAUCCGAGCGACUGGCACCAAAUACCCUGGAUCAAUAUGGACUUCCUUAACGAAGACUCGGAGUUGGUCAUGAACAUAACAAGUGUAGAUGGUAAAGUGCUACUGCCAGUCUCGCCGUACUCGUGUUGCUCUCCUUACGUGUUGACUCCGUGCUACCACGAUCCUUUACAGCAGUGGUCACCGCGCGAGGCGCCGCGCGCAUCGCUGCAGGCGCGCGCGUGCCUGGCCGCGGUGCGCGCGCCGCUCGCGCGCGUCGCGCAGGCGCUCUACUUGUUCAGCGUGCUCGUGGUGUUGCUGCAGGCAGUAAUAGUGGUACUGACGCAAGUGGUACGCAGCGGCGCCCUGCAGGCCGUCGCGCGCGGCGACUGGACCGAACACCAUCACGUACCAGAACAAAUGGGAUCGAACGUGAGCGUAGAAGCCCGUGCACUGUCGCUGCGGCGCCGCGCGCGCCGCCUGCGCACGCGCAGCUACCCUUAUUUGUCA